AUGCUGGCAGCAGUUGUGCCUGGCGCAGCUUCCAGAGACCCUGGGGUGGUGGUGAUGGGGAAAGCAGAUUGCCUGCACCGUUGGCUGAUGCCAUGGGAGGCUUUGGCUGCCAAAAAAAGUUUACAUUUGAAUGGGCCAAUCAAGGCCCUGGAGAGCAGCAGUGAUGCCCCGGUGAUGGACGUGAUGGGGGCAGUCUUCUGCUGGUUCCACCAGCAGGCUAUAAAAGCUGGCUGCUGUGCUCAUAGGCAGCACAGCCGGGAAUCAGUCAACCCAUCCACUAACCCUGUAUGUUAUGGCGCUGCCCCAAAGUAA